UGGCGCCUGCAUCAUGGCAAGCAACGCAGUGAUGGCUCGCCUGUCACCAUCUUUUGUCUUGAUAAGAAAGAGGCCAGCGAGGAAGAGCUCAAAGCCGGCUUGAACGCCGUCAAGCGCUCGCGUACGCUGCGCCACCCCAACGUUCUCAAGUUCUUGGGCAGUACCGACUCUGAAACCAUGCUUGCCAUGGCCACCGAGGAAGUCAUGCCUUUGCAGCAGCUACUGGAUGACGCUGGCGCUAUCAAUGAUCUUGGCAUCGCCUGGGGCAUCCUUCAAGUCACCAAAGCCCUCGAGUUUUUGGCCGGUGCCGGUUUUAUCCAUCGCAAUGUGGGCAUGGGUGCCAUCUUCGUCACGAGUCAGGGUGAUUGGAAGCUGGGAGGCAUGGAGCUCCUCUGCACCAAGGAAACCCCGUAUGAGGAGCUGCCCAUGCCCCCCUGUCGUGUUUAUGAGCCUCCUGAGGUCAUCAAGGGCCAGCACGGCCGCGGUCACGUGUGGUCUGUCGACAUGUGGGGCCUGGGAUGUCUCAUCCACGAAGCCCAUCAUGGCCUCUUGGAAAAUCCCGAAGAACUCAAGACCAUGAGCAAAAUGCCCAAAAGUAUUAUCCCGCACUACGCUGUCCUGAUUUCCACCAACCCCAAAACUCGGCCCUCGCCUCGCGAGUUCCUCGACCAAGGUCGCGCUCCGGGCAAGUACUUUAAAAACGAGUUUAUUGACGCUGUCCUCUUUCUCGAGGAACUUGCCGUCAAGGAAAAGGAGGACGUGUCCGCAUUCUACGGUCAACUGCCCAAACUGAUUGAUGAGUUUCCACGCGACCUGUGCAUCAAGAAGAUUCUCCCUCAGCUUCUUCAAGCGUUUCAGUUUGGUGGAGCUGGCUACCAGGUGCUGGCACCCAUGCUCAAAAUUGGCAAGCUUCUGCAGGACGAUGAAUACACGCGCUUGAUUGUACCCAAUCUGGUUCAGCUCUUUGCCUCCCCCGAUCGCGCCACACGCAUUUCUCUCUUGAAGAAGCUGGGUGACUUUAUCGGCUUUCUUAGCUCCGAAGUCAUUUCAAAUGACAUUUUCCCCCAUGUGGCGCAAGGCUUUGGGGACACAGUGCCAGCUAUGCGUGAGGAAACCGUCAAGGCAAUGUUGCACUUUGCUCCAAAGCUCAAGGCUGGCAUUCUUGACCAGACCGUUACUAAAUCCUUUCCCAAGCUUCAGGCGGACGAGAAGCCUGGCAUUCGAACAAACACUACCGUAUGUCUGGCCAAGAUUGCGCCUCAUCUCAGUACCAAGACGCGCAGUGCCGUUUUGGCCUCGGCAUUUCUCAAAGCGACCAAAGACCCUUUCUUGCAUGCGCGAGUUGCCGGACUCUCAGGCUUGUCCGUGUGCAUCGAGUAUUUUACUGCCACCGAGCUAGCCAAGCGCGUCUUGCCAAUCGCUGCCCCCGCUGCUGUGGAUCCAGAGGAGAGCGUUCGCAUCGCCGGUAUGGAUGCUUUUUUUCGUCACGUUAGCACUGCACUUGCAUCCCGGACGUUCCAGCGCGAUGCAGACCUUACGUUUUCAUCUGGAUUUGUCAUGGAUCAGCACUCAAGCUGCUGCGCAGCGCUCAAGACGUCCUGCAAACGAAUUCGGACAGCUUGGCUGAGGUACGUAGGUGGCGGUGGUUGGCGAAUCUCCAGCGUGGGCGUUGCCCAAUGCUGUCUGAAUGUUGGCGGAUGUUUUUUCCCACUCAUUCUAACGUGCGAUUACUCUUUUUUUUUUUGGUUGGUUCAAAGGCGGCCAAGGUAG